AUGCGCUUAGUAAAAGCCCUUGCUGCUGGUCUUGCGUAUACUCUUUUUGAUGUAUCCAGCUCUGUAGCUGAUGAUGAAGUGGGGAUCAUGAGUUUUAAUGUUCGCACCUCGAUCGCCAAUGACCCGUGCCCGAGCGGCUGCUGGGAUGUACGCAAGGAGAGAGUAAAGAAACUCAUUGAGAAGUAUAAGCCCGAUAUUAUCGGCGUCCAAGAGGCAGCUCCCGACCAAACCGCGUUUUUCCAGAAUGUGCUGGGGUUCGCAGCCACUGGAGAGUGUUCGGCCGAAUGUCAAUACAACGAACGCAACAGCAUAUUCUUUGUAGAAGCGCGCUGGGAAUUGUUGAGCACAUCGUCAUACGCGUUGAGCGCAACUCCUGAAACACUGCCGUCCAACACUUGGAGUCUUGAAUUCCUCCGUUCUGCGGUCAUCGCGCGCCUUCGCGACAAGAAAACUUCGCGCGUGAUAUGCAUGCUGAACACGCACUUUGAUAUCUCUCGUGGUCAACCCCAGUCAGCGGUUUUGUCUGCAAAACUGUUGAGCCAAUUUUGCCAGCAUGAUGACACUGUAAUUAUGACUGGAGAUCUGAACACUGCGCCUAGCAGCCUCGCUGUCCAGUACCUCCUGGGCAAGACCUCGAUUAAUGGGAUGUCGACGCCCAUCUCGUUGUACGAAACGCUGACUGCUGCGGGUGCAGGCGGGAGUACGUGGAUUGGGCCCUCUUUUGGGAACAUGCUAGUAUCGGACAAGAUUGAUUACAUUUUCGCUCGCCGUGACGCCCACACAUGUCUACGCAGCGGGAUGGUUUUAGCUGACUUGUUUGACGGGUAUUCCAGCUCCGACCACGCAGUGUUGCUGUCCAAGUUCUGCCUAGGAGGUGGAUGUCAAAAGUGCAUUCCGUAG